GGAGCCGGGCCUGAAGCAGAGGAGGCGUGUUCGACAGCGUCACAUGCCCCGCGAGCCGCGCUCUCCGUCCCUCGGCAACGGCGCGUGCCCCUGCUUUCCAUCCCCCCUCCUCGCGCUCGUCACGGAACGUCCCUUCCCCUCGCCCUCUUCCCCCCCCCCCUCCCCGCGAGCCGCCGCCGGAGCCGCCUCGCAGUAGCUGGGAGCCGCCGCCGCCGCCGCCGCCGGAGCAGCCAUGGCCGAGAACGCCGCCGCCGCGGGCCUGGAGAACCACCGCAUCAAGAGCUUCAAGAACAAGGGCCGCGACGUGGAGACAAUGCGAAGACACAGAAAUGAAGUAACAAUUGAACUGCGGAAGAACAAAAGAGAUGAACAUCUUUUGAAAAAAAGAAAUGUCCCUCAAGAAGAAAGUUUAGAAGACUCAGAUGUUGAUGCUGACUUCAAAGCACAAAAUGUAACACUAGAAGCUAUAUUGCAGAAUGCCACAAGUGAUAACCCUGUGAUCCAGUUGAGUGCAGUCCAAGCUGCAAGAAAACUGUUAUCGAGUGACAGAAAUCCACCUAUUGAUGACUUAAUAAAAUCUGGAAUUUUACCAAUUCUGGUCAACUGUCUAGAAAGGGAUGAUAAUCCUUCAUUACAAUUUGAAGCCGCGUGGGCACUGACUAACAUAGCAUCGGGCACUUCUGCACAGACCCAAGCUGUGGUACAGUCAAAUGCAGUACCCCUCUUUUUGAGACUGCUUCACUCACCACAUCAGAAUGUUUGUGAGCAAGCUGUUUGGGCUCUUGGAAAUAUUAUAGGUGAUGGUCCUCAGUGUAGAGAUUAUGUCAUAUCACUGGGAGUUGUCAAACCUCUUCUGUCCUUCAUCAAUCCCUCCAUUCCCAUCACCUUCCUUCGGAACGUCACAUGGGUCAUUGUAAAUCUCUGCAGGAAUAAGGACCCCCCACCGCCUAUGGAGACAGUUCAGGAGAUUUUGCCAGCAUUGUGUGUUCUUAUAUACCAUACAGAUAUAAACAUUCUUGUGGACACUGUUUGGGCUUUGUCCUACCUAACAGAUGGUGGUAAUGAACAGAUACAGAUGGUCAUUGAUUCAGGCGUUGUACCUUUUCUAGUUCCCCUUCUGAGCCAUCAGGAGGUUAAAGUUCAAACAGCAGCGCUGAGAGCAGUUGGCAACAUAGUAACUGGUACUGAUGAACAAACACAAGUUGUUCUCAACUGUGACGUUCUCUCUCACUUCCCAAAUCUCCUGACGCAUCCAAAAGAGAAGAUAAAUAAGGAAGCAGUUUGGUUCCUUUCCAAUAUCACAGCAGGAAACCAGCAACAAGUUCAAGCUGUAAUAGAUGCUGGACUAAUCCCUAUGAUCAUACACCAGCUGGCUAAGGGGGACUUUGGAACACAAAAGGAAGCUGCGUGGGCAAUUAGCAACUUGACGAUAAGUGGAAGAAAGGAUCAGGUUGAAUAUCUUGUACAACAGAACGUAAUCCCACCAUUCUGUAAUUUACUGUCAGUAAAAGACUCUCAGGUGGUCCAGGUGGUCCUGGAUGGGCUGAAAAACAUUCUGAUAAUGGCUGGUGAUGAGGCUAGCACAAUAGCUGAAAUUAUAGAAGAAUGUGGAGGUUUAGAGAAAAUUGAAGCCUUGCAACAGCAUGAGAAUGAGGACAUCUAUAAACUAGCAUUUGAAAUCAUAGACCAGUAUUUCUCUGGUGAUGAUAUUGAUGAAGAUCCCAGCCUCAUUCCUGAAGCCACUCAAGGAGGUACUUACAACUUCGACCCAACAGCCAAUCUUCAAACAAAAGAAUUUAAUUUUUAAGUUCAAUACAGUGCAGCUUCUCUGUCCCACACCAAUACGAAGCACCACCAAAUGGCUACCAAGUGAAAAAAAAAAAGGCUCCAAGACACACAUGCCUCCUCGUUUUGAUGCUUCUAAAGCAAGCCGUGUAUCGGUCACUUUGCAGUUGCCAAAAGUCACUAUCACGUGGACUGUAAAUGCAUAUGCAUGAUCUCUUAAACUGUUUUACAAUUCUUUUUAACAGUCCCAAUUACCUUCUUUUUUUGCCUUUUUCCCUGGUGCCACAUGCUGACAACCGCAAUCUGCAGUUUUGUUAAGAAAAUGUCAUAGUGGUGGCACAUCUGCUUUCCACGGAAAAGUAACUUCUUUGGGAAAUUGUGCGCUGUGGAUCAAGACACUUUGGUAUGAUGCAUACAUUUUGGAAGACUUUACAGGGGCACAGUUUGGUCUGAGCCUCCAUCGUCCGCCACAAACAUAUUUUCAUAUACUUUAUGUGGAAGAAUAGAUUCAAAAAUGCAAGCCAAAUGAAUUUCAUUGGUGAAACUGAAAUAAAAGCAACUUACACUUGGCAAUUGAUUAAACAGUUAAGUUUAAAAAACAAACUACUUCAUCUAUCAGUAAUUGAUGUGUGUUCAUUAACUGCCUCAGAAACCAGGGUUGGAGAAUGAACUGUAGAUUUGGACUGGUAAAGCUUUUGCCGUUAUACCUAAUUUUUGAGAACAGCAAGCCCUAUUUGACCACUCACUGCAGCCUGUGUGUUCCUGCUGUUUUGAAGUUAUCAGAUGCUGUGCAUGGUAUUUUACCUGAGCUACAACCUGUUAUGGACUUGAACUUCUGUUUAAGCUGAAAGCAAGAGUCCUUGACUAGAAAAAAAAAAAAAAAUCUGUCCAAAAUCACGCAUUGGUUAAAAGGAAUCUUGCUUUCAACUUCCAGUAGUCAGUAUAUUUUGUUUUAAAUUGAUAAUUGGAUAAGGUUGAUUUAUAUUGGGUUUAAACUGUGGAGCUUUCAUGUUUACUGUAAUUUAGUCUUAAACUAUUUUUUACUUAGUAACCAGUGCUUAUGAUGAUGUGGUUGGCAACAAACCAGCAGCUAUUUAGAAGCAUCAUAAAAGUUUCAUUCUUGGAGUAUUGGAAGAGUAAUUCAGAAAUGAGUCUAAAACCAUAUGUACGUGAUUUAAAAAAAUUACAAGCUAGUUGAUGUGUGAGGCUGUUUAGAAGCUGCAGUUUUUCAGAAUAAGCCUGAUAUGCAGCACACAUUAAAUAACUUUAUAUAAGCUGAUAAUAUGAGAGGUCGUUGCUUUUGGAAAGUCGUCUGGCCCAGUUAUUUUCAAAGGGAUUUGCUUUUGGUGGGGUGAAGAUGAAUAAUUUGAAACUCUGUAAGCUAUCACAAAAGCUGGUUAUGUUGCCAUUGUUUACUGGGUGUAAUUUCCCAAUGCAUUGAUGUGAAGGGAUAGGAAAAUCUAAACUAAUUUAGUUAUUGGAUGUGGGUUGUAUUUACUGUGAUGAAGAUAAGGACAGAUGCCAUCAGAGCUUUGUGGAUCAGCUGUUUUUUUUCCACGGAUGAACAACACAUAGCAGGUGUGCAUUCAUUAAAUAUAUAUCUGCCAAGGUGGAGCCACUUUAAAGAGCGAGCUGUCUUGUAUCUUAAAUAGAUACAAGUGUAUGUUUAAAAUGCAAGAUUUUUACUUGCUAGAUAAUCUGUUUUAAUAUAGUGGUUUGGCCUCUGAUUAUUUAUAGGUUUUAUAAAUUUUAGAAUCAAUUUCUCUUUAAGGUGGCUCAGAUUUUUCAACUCUUGUGCACAUAAAAUUGAGUUGAAGUUCAUUGUGCCUUUUUUCUUUUCCCAGAAGUUGAGUUGAAGCUUCAUAUGGUAACUGCAUCCUAGUCACAUACUAUAGUCUAAAAUCUUUAAACUGUGUGGUGUUCGCUAAAACUAAACAAUAUAAAGUCAAAGUUAGUAAGGUCACAAAGUUUUGUGAAAUUAGAGUUCCAGCUGAUGAUGAUGUGAACAAAUCUUCCCCCUCUUAAUUCUCAAUUUAGUUCUCUAUAUGCCAUAUAGACUGACAGUUACCCUUUUCAGCCUGCACUCGCUAUUUUCCUAGAGAUUACAUAAAAAUUGAGAUUACAUUCAUGAUUUUCCAUAACUGUGAAGAUCUAAUUUUUUUUCUUGCACUCAGUGCAUCACAUUAAAAGUGAACAUUGGAGAACUGAGUAAAGCACUACAAAGCAUUUGCUCGUUUUUUUUUCUGUUGUGACCUUAUCAGCUUUUGAUUGGGAUUGCACCAUUUCAUAGUUAAUAAAGGAAACCAAGUAUAUUGCUGCACUUUUAAGUUUUCAGAAGUGUUUAAAAAUUGCAUUGUUUUUAUUAUUUUUUUAAACUAUCAGUUAAAAUAGACUAAAACGUUCUUUCAAAAGAGGCAUCUAAAUGUGUUCCUAAUUUUGUAUAUGGGCUUAGGUUUUGUAACCAAUAAAAAGCUGCUAUCAAAUACUAUAAAACAUGCAAAAACUUAUUUUGAAAACUAUCAAACUGUCUUUUCAAAUUGAUUUAAGGGUUUUUCUGUCUUUGACCAAAUUUUAGCUAGUAGAACUCCACAUCAAAGUUUGAAGUAUGCUACUUAAACAAAAUAAGCUAAUGCAGUGAUCUUUGAA